AUGCCCACAGGCGUAACCGUCUCCAAAUCCAAUCGUAUCUUCGUCAACUACCCCUACUGGUCCGACGACAUCAAAUUCACCGUUGCGGAGCUGGACCUCAAAUCCCAGAAGGAGGUGCCGUUCCCGCCUAAGGGCAUUGAUCAUUCCUUGGUUGGGCCGGGAGCGUGGAAUACGACGCGGCAGAAUGAGACGUUGGUUAGCGUGCAGAGUGUGGUAGUGGAUCCGUUAGAUCGGUUGUGGAUCUUGGAUACGGGCCGGCCCACCAUCAACAAGACUAUGCAGCCGGCUUCCUAUGGUGGACCGAAGCUGAUUGCGGUCGCUUUGAACAAUAACACUAUCGUCAAAACCAUUUUUUUCCCCGAGACCGUCGCACUUCCGCAGAGUUACUUGAACGAUAUCCGCUUCGAUCUGAGGAUCUUGACGCAAGGCGUCGCUUACAUUACAGACUCGUCCGACAAGGGUGCCAACGGGAUCGUGGUGGUGGACCUGGAGACCGGCGCAUCCUGGCGCCGCCUCGACCGCCACCCCUCCACCCUCCCGACCCCCUCCUUCGUCCCAUCCGUCUCCGGCCUCCCCAUCUUCCUCCAACCGAACGCCUCGGCGCCACAAGGCUACAUGACCGACGGCUCCGACGGGAUCGCGCUUUCCUCCGACGGCCUGCGCCUCUUCUACACCCCGCUCGCAUCCCGCCGCAUUUUCUCCGUCUCCACCCGCCUGCUCGCUGACCCCAUCGCGGGGGACAACGAUACCGCGUCCACCGUUAUCGACCAUGGCGAGAAGGGCGGGACGUCAGACGGGCUCGAGGCGGACGACCAGGGGAACAUCUACAUCACCAACCAGGACCAGAACGCGAUCCUCCGCGGGCGACUGGUCCAGAGCCCUCUUCCCAAACCCCUCCCGAACGCCAAAAACAAUACCAACGCAACAACACCGGCAGUCCCGCCCCCGCCCGUCCUCGUCCUCACCCCCUUCAUCCGCGACCCCCGCAUCCAAUGGGCCGACACCCUCAGCGUCUCAGCCAACGGGCGCAUCUACUUUACCUCCAACCAGCUGCAUCUGCAGGGCAAGUUCUGGAAGGGCGAGGAUAGGCGGCAGCGACCGUUUGUGCUGUUUAGCGCGCCGUUGGAGAAGGGUGUGCGAAGGGUGGAGUUGACCUGUGAGACGAGCGGGUUGGUGCCGUGUGAUGGGAGUGAGGCGGGUGGGGAGUUGCAGUGUAGGUGUUGA